GGUUCAGGACCAGUUCUGAAACCACUUGAGCAGAAGAAAGACGAUAUUAUCAAGAUGGAGAUUCAGGGAUCUCGACAUCUCCAGCCAAAGUGAAUUCCAGUCUUGACAGGUGCAUGGUUGGGUUAAGAUGAAAGGGUAGUUUAGUCAAGCGAAGGAUGGAAAGCGCACUUAAUCAUCUAGAUAUACCGAAAAGAGAACUUUUGGAAUUUGAUAUAUAAUAUGGGGGUUGCAGACAAAAAAAACCCAAAAGAAAAUGAAGGUAUCUGUCAAAAAAGAUCCCAUGGAAAGGAGAAGAAAAAAGGAAAACAAAAUGGGGUAACCUCUAUCCAUAUAUAAAAGGUUGUUCCCCUAUCAAGGGUAUAAGUCUCAUUCAUUGAGUAGUAAAAGAAGAGAAGUCUCAUUCACUGAGUAGUAAAAGAAGAGAGAGAGGGAGAGGGCAGAAAGAUAUGGGCAAUUAAGAAGGCUUUUAAAAGCCUAAAAACAAAGAGAGAAAUUGUAUCAAUUUGCUUGACUAGAGUGGACUAGGAAAGGAAAUGGGUCAUACUGAGAAGAAGAAGAAGAAUGAGAGAAAAUAUUCCAUGAUAAGUUCAAUUUUCAUGCAUGCUGAUGAUGUAGAUAUCUUGCUAAUGGUUUUUGGAUUUAUCGGAUCAGUUGGUGAUGGUUUUGGUACUCCAUUGUUGUUAUUAGUAACUAGCAAGUUUAUGAAUAAUCUUGGUGUUGGUUCUUCUGGUGCUGAUCCUCAUCUCUUUCUUCACAACAUCAAUAAGAAUGCAGUGACACUCAUGUACAUGGCAUGUGGGUGGUGGGUUGCAUGUUUUCUAGAAGGGUAUUGUUGGACUAAAACAGGAGAAAGGCAAGCAUCAAAAAUGAGAGAAAAGUACUUAAAAGCAGUCUUAAGACAAGAUAUCAGUUACUUUGAUCUUAAAUCAUCACCAUCAUCAAAUACUACCACUGAAGUCAUUACAAGUGUUUGUAAUGAUAGUUUCAUCGUUCAAGAUGUACUUACCGAAAAGGUUCCAAACUUCUUAAUGAACUGUACAAUGUUUGUUGGAAGUUAUGUGACAGCAUUUCUGCUAAUGUGGAGAUUAGCAUUAGUAGGAUUUCCAUUUGUGGUAUUUUUGAUCGUUCCUGGUUUAAUUUAUGGGAAAUUUUUGAUGAGUCUAUCAAGAAAAAUGAGAGAAGAAUAUAACAAAGCUGGGUCUAUUGUAGAACAAGCAACUUCAUCUAUUAGGUCGGUUUAUUCCUUUGUGGGCGAAGACAAAACGGUUGCUGAAUUUUCCGAAGCACUUGAUGAAUCGGUUAAACUCGGGUUGAAACAGGGCCUAGCUAAGGGAUUAGCACUUGGAAGUAAUAGUGUCAGUUUUGCUAUUUGGUCAUUUUUGUCUUGGUACGGUAGUAGAUUGGUUAUGUACCAUGGUGCUCAAGGUGGAACUGUUUUCGCUGUUGGUGCCGCUCUUUGCUCCGGUGGCCUAUCAUUAGGAGCUGGACUUUCAAACGUGAAGUGCUUUUCAGAAGCUUGUGCGGCAGGAGAAAGAAUAAUGGAGGUGAUGAUGAGGAUACCGAAAAUUGAUUCUGAUAGCACUAAAGGCAAGAUUUUACCGAGCAUCUCAGGUUCAAUUGAAUUCAAGAACAUUGAAUUCGUGUAUCCAUCAAGGCCCAAAACCUUAGUUCUUAAAGAUUUUAACUUGGAUAUCGAAGCGGGUAAUACAAUUGCCUUAGUCGGUGGAAGUGGUUGUGGAAAAUCUACUGUGGUUUCACUUUUACAAAGAUUUUAUAACUCACUUGAUGGGGACAUUCUUAUUGAUGGUAUCAAGAUACAUGAAUUUCAACUUAAAUGGUUAAGAGCACAAAUGGGUUUAGUAAGUCAAGAACCUGCUUUAUUCGGCACUUCAAUCAAAGAAAAUAUACUUUUCGGAAAAGAAGAUGCCACCAUGAAUGAAGUCAUUGAUGCAGCUAAAGCUGCAAAUGCUCACAGUUUCAUCUGUCAACUCACAAAAGGAUAUGAUACCCAGGUAGGUGAGAGAGGGAUUCAAAUGUCUGGUGGACAGAAACAGAGAAUUGCACUUGCAAGAGCAUUGAUAAAAGCACCAAGAAUUCUUUUGCUGGACGAGGCGACAAGUGCAUUGGAUUCAGAAUCAGAAAGAAAUGUACAAGAAGCACUUGAUAAAGCAUCACUAGGACGGACCACAAUAAUAAUCGCUCACCGUCUCUCUACAGUUCGUAAUGCAGAUAAAAUUGCUGCAGUUCAGAAUGGGCAUGUCAUGGAAACCGGGUCACAUAGUGAAUUGCUCAAGCUUGAACAUGGUUUGUAUUCUUCUCUCGUUCGUAUCCAAGAGAUGACAGACAAGAGAUCAACAAUGCAGAAGGAAAUCCUCAAUGGUAACUCAAUGCCAUGUAUUUGUGGAAGUAUGAGCCAGUCCAACUCGAAGAAUUCUUUGGUCAGUCCAGUUCUGGACGAAUGCAAUAACUCCGAGAAAGAUUGCAGAAUACCACCGUUUUGGAGGUUAUUAGCACUGUACCAGCCCGAGUGGAAACAGACCUUAUUAGGGUGUGUAAGUUCCAUGUUAUUUGGUGCAGUGCAACCUUUUUAUUGCUUAGCAAUGGCUCAUAUGAUCUUCGUAUAUUUCUUGAAUGAUCACAGUCAGAUCAAGGUAAAGACCAUGAUUUAUUCAUGUAUAUUCGCUGGACUGGCCAUAUUUUCAUUUGUUGUGAAUUUGUGCCAACAUUAUAAUUUUGCUGUAAUUGGAGAGUACUUGACUAAGAGGAUUAGAGAAAGGAUGUUAUCAAAGAUUUUGACAUUUGAAGUUGGAUGGUUUGAUCAAGAUGAGAACUCUAGUGGUGCAAUUUGCUCAAGGCUCGCAAAGGAUGCUAAUAUGGUGCGGUCGCUGGUGGGAGAUAGAAUGUCACUUCUCAUCCAAACCUUUUCUUCCGUAAUCAUCGCGUGCGCAAUGGGCUUAAUCAUAGCGUGGCGUCUUGCGAUUCUUAUCAUAGCCGUCCAGCCUUUGAUCAUUGUCUGCUUCUAUGCGCGCCGUGUCCUAGUCAAAUCCAUGUACAACAAAUCCAGAAAAGCUCAAAAUGAAAGUAGUAAACUGGCUGCAGAAGCUGUGUCAAAUCUUAGAACAAUCACUUCAUUCUCUUCUCAAUCAAGAAUCCUAAAUAUGUUUCGAGAAGCCCAAUUAGAGAACACUCGUCUGUCGUGGAUCGCUGGGCUUGGCUUGGGCUUUUCUCAAUCAAUUAUCACUUUUUCAUGGGCUUUAAAUUUCUGGUAUGGUGGGAAACUGGUAUUCCAAGGUGAAAUGACAACAAAAUCUUUCUUAGAAGUUUUUAUGAUUUUAAUCAGCACUGGACGUGUAAUUGCUGAAGCUGGGAGUACAACAAGUGAUCUAGCUAAAGGUUCUGAUGCAGUCGGGUCUGUGUUCACGGUUUUGGACCGAUACACUAGUAUCGAGCCGGAAGAUCCAGAUGGGUAUCAGCCGGAUACAUUAACGGGCCAAAUCGAGUUCCAUGAUGUCCAUUUCGCUUAUCCGACCAGACCCGAAUUUUACGUUUUCAAUGGGUUUAAUCUCAGUAUCGAAGCGGGUAAAUCAACGGGUUUGGUAGGAAGAAGUGGGUCUGGAAAAUCAACAAUAAUCAGUAUGAUCGAAAGAUUUUACGAUCCAUCAAGAGGAACGGUUACGAUCGACGGUUGCGAUUUGAAGUCGUACCAUUUGAGGUCGCUUCGGAAACACAUUGGAUUAGUCAGUCAAGAACCAACAUUAUUUGCUGGUACCAUCAGAGAGAAUAUUCUAUACUGCACCGACCAUGAUAAAAUUGGUGAAACAGAAAUGAUCAAUGCAGCUAGAGCAUCCAACGCUCACAAUUUCAUUUCAGGGCUUGCAGAUGGGUACGACACGUGGUGCGGAGACAAAGGGGUACAAUUAUCAGGUGGACAGAAACAACGUAUUGCAAUAGCCCGUUCUAUACUGAAAAAUCCUAAGAUUUUAUUGCUGGAUGAAGCAACAAGUGCACUUGAUAAUCAAAGUGAGAAAAUUGUUCAAGAAGCGUUGGAUAGUUUGAUGGUAAAUAGGACUACCGUGGUUGUAGCACAUCGGAUGAGUAGUGUACAAAAUUGUGACUUCAUUGCUGUUUUAGAAGAAGGUAAAGUUGUGGAGAAAGGCACCCAUUCUACAUUAUUGGAUAAGGGGCCUAGUGGAUAUUAUCACUCACUUGUUAAUCUCCAAAGAAGUUGAUACUAAUCAAACUGUUUCCUUUUCUCA